GAAUUUUAUUUUUCACUAUAAACAACUCAAAACGUAAACCAAAUUAAAACCAAAUUCAUUUUUGCCUCAUUUUAAUUUCACCAACUGAAUUUGAAUCACUAUAACUAAUGCUAACAAAAUUUCUCAUGUCCAACUAACUGUGCAUUUCGAUUGAAUUUCAUGUGAAUUUGAAAACAGAAAAGUGAACUCUAUAAAUUCAUAUCACACGCCUCAAAUCGGGGGAUCCAUUAUUCAUCACUCUUCAUCUUCGUUUCAUCAUAAAUCUCAGAACAGAGCAAAAAUCACGCAACCGGAGGAUCAUUCGACAACAUAAUUCAUGCUCAUAAUCACUCCACUUUUUUCAGAAUUUCUCGUCCGUUCUCUCAAUCUCGUUCUCCAAAGUUCAACUCCAAGAAUGAACAACAGCAGAAGAAAGUAGCAGAGCAAGGAGAAGAAGAAGCAGGGGAUUGUAAUCAAAGAGAAGAGAAAUGAUUCAAUACUUGUUCGCAUCGCCAUUCCAAUUCGACGAAUUGAAUGUGAAGAUUAAUGUUGAUCCGAUGUUGGUGAUUGAAGUGAUCAUAGAGGCGGUGUUCUUCGUUUUUCUCCGCUUCCAUUUCGUUUCGCAUAGACAUCGAAUGGAUAAGACGAAGAAGCGUUGGAGCUGGUGUAGUGCGGCUGUUGAAGAUCCGGUUUACCAUGGAUAAACUGGUUUUGUCCGGUGUAGCUGGAUCCAGUGUGGGCUAAGGCCCAAGAAGUUCCUCCACUUUUCACCCCCAAAAUCGGGCCUAAACCCCUUCUUACCCCUUCAAGGCCCAAUUUCAUGUUUUUUUUUGCAUUAUUUUCUUUUCAUUGUUUUGUUUGGUUAAUUAGUUUUAAUUAAAUUGGUUAGAUUUUAAGAUUAAUAGGUAUUAGAAUUUAAUUAGGGAUUUAGAAUUUGAUUUAGAAUUUAAUUGGAUUAAUUAGGAUUUUAGAUUUUGACUAGUUUAAUUAGAUUUUAGAAUUGUUAGAAAAUAAUUAGGUUAAUUAGUUUUGAUUAGUUUUAGAAAUCUUAGGUUAACUAGAAUUUUUAGAAUAUUAGAAAUAAUUAGAACUAAUUGGAUUUGAUUAAUUGAUUUUAAUUAUAAAUUUGCAUGACUAGAAAUUUAAGGCAAUAUUAAUGAUUUGUGAAAUAAUUAUUUUGCCCUUAGGUUUAGAAAUAACUUGAUUUUGCAUGCUCCCCUUAGUUAAUGACUUAUGGAAAUAUUCUAACUAUCAAUUAACUCUUUAGGUUGUUGUAUAGUCACUAUCAACUGAUUUUUCCCAAUCUGAUUAAGUUGAUCAAAGUUUGCUUUGAUCAACUAAAUCCUUUGACUGUGCUUAAUUCCCCAAGCCUAUUCAAGUGAUCAAAAGACCCAUUGAUCACUUGAUAGGGUAAGUCCUUGCGUUCAAGUUGUACUGGAUACUAGAUUUCAAGACAUUAAGAUUCAAAGGUCAAAGAUCAAGAAUUCAUUUAAUUCAAAUCAGUACAAGACAUGACUACUACUCAAGCACUACAAAGGUCAAAUUCAAUACUUGUCAAUCAUGAGCCAAGUUGUGUGCCACGAGUCUUAAGCAAUAGAGAGGAAUGAGAGUGGAGAAUUUCUAUGCUCAUUUUGAAUAUCUUUGGACAUGGGAUGAAUGACCCAGUUGCUCAUCGUAUUCAUCUCUAUUCAUAGACUUUAACACAAUUUGAUUCAAAUUGAUUGUCAAGUCUCUUCAUUCUUCAAAGACAACCCUUCAUCAUAGGAAGCUGCAAGGAAAUUCAACUUCAACACUCAUCAGUUAUGAUGCAAGUUGCACAUCAUGAUCCUUAAGGAGUAGAGAAGGAGUGAGAGUGGAGAAUUCCUAUCCUCAUUCUGAAUAUCUUUAGGUACGGGACGGAUGACCCAGUUGCUCAUUAUAUUCAUCUCUAUUCAUAGACUUUAGUGCAAUUUAAAUCAGAUAAUUGAUAGUUCUUUCUACACAGACGUGAAGAGUAGACUGAAGAUCAGACUUCAACCUUCCAGGGUUUCUUUUCUUUCCCUUUCGUUCUCUCUCAGUAAAACUAAAACCAUUUUGUAAAUAAACUCAAAAAUAAUUAACCAUACGAUUAGGAUUAUAUGAUACGAGCCUUAAGCAAUGGAGAAGGGAUGAAAGUGGAGAAUUCCUCUCCUCAUUCUGAAUAUCUUUGGGUACGAGACGAAUGAUCCAGUUGCUCACUAUAUUCACCUCCAUUCAUAGACUUUAGUAUGGUCCAAAUCAUGACUCUCAUUUCAUAAUAAAAGCAAACUCACCUCAUCAAACUCAGUUUCUCCUUUGGGAGUCAUUUUCCGUUUAAAACCUUUUCAGAAAGGAUGUGUUACUUUCGUUCUACCGUAAACGACACUUAAGCCUCCUUGGCGAUCAAGCAAUGUUUAACUGCUAGAGUGCAAUCCGAGUUCAUCCAUUCUGCCACAAAUAGACAGACGCUUAAGACUCCCAUGCUCGAGCAUACAAGCAAGUUAACAGUAGAACGUGAACAUUAAUAUUGUUCACUAAAAAUAACUAACACAUCCAUCAUAGUUCCACGAACUACGGAGCUCUGAUUUCCUUAUUGCACGAAUGAGGACACGUAGGCACGAGGACCCAAAUCCUUGGCGAGCACAUCUAUUUAUUAACCCCCGUUCCCUUUCCGCGAGUAAUCUUCAGAUAAUAACACCUAUUCUUACAAAGAACAUUCAAAACGAUUCCCAUGGAGUACCAUGGAUAUGAGGGGUGCUAAUACCUUCUCCUUACAUAACCAACUUCCUUACCUAUUUCUCUUUCCCCAAGAUUAUAUCGAUGUUUUCGCUUUCCUUCGGGAAUAAAUAAAGCUCGAUGGCGACUUUGUUGUAUCUUUGAGCAAUCGAUGCGCUCGGGUAUAAUUCACAUAACUUCAAUACUAACAUGGCCCAAACUUCUCUGCCAUACCCAUUGCUCCUUAUUAAUAGACAUUAAGCAUUUUACAUUUUGAUCCUCAAGAUCACAAAGUCUGAUUUUAUAAAUGUUGUUAUUUCUCUUUUCGUUAAAAAGGAUUGUACUAUCUUUUGGACUAACAACCUUACAGGACUUUUGAUUAAAAAUGAUAUCAUAACCAUUGUCACUAAGUUGACUAUUAGACAAUAAGUUAUGCAUCAAACCAUUGACCAAAAGAACAUUAGUAAUAGAAGGAAGUUUACCAUUACCAACAGUUCUAGAGCCAAUGGUUUUCCCUUUCUGGUUUCCUCCGAAACCAACGAAGCCUUCAGGCUUAAGUUCCAAAUCUUGGAACAUAGACCUUCUGCCCAUCAUAUGUCACAAGCAUCCACUGACCAUGUACCAUGAUUGGUGUUUCAGAUGAGCUGCUAAGGAUGUCUGCAACAUAGAUGAUCUUAUCCUUAGGUACCCACUUUCUGGAUUCUCUCUUGUUAGUUUUCCCAGAGUUUCUUACUCCCUUGGGUCUUUGUGCAACAAGAUAAUCAAGUAAAAUUUGUGCAUGAUACUUAGGUUUCAGAACCGAGUUCUUAUCCUUUGUAAGUUUUCGUGUCUGUGCAGAAAAAUCAAGCUCAGUGCCAGCAGGCAUGAAAUGCUUAUAGAGAGGUUUCAAUUUUACCUUUUGACUUUCGUCCGAUUUUAUAGUUUCUAUACAACCUAAACCUUUCUUGGCAUUUAUGCUAACUCCAUAGAUCAAAGAAUAUACAUGCUUUUAGCCAUAAAGUACUAGAAUGCUCUGUCAUAUCUAAUGACGCAAUCAAUACCUGAAGCUUCUGAGACUAUUUCUUCCUCUAGUUUUGAAAUUUUACUUUUCAAAGCAGAGUUGUUACUUUCUAAAGAAAAUAUUUUUUCAUUUAGGGAAGACAUAUGUUUCUCAAGCUCACUACGAGUUUCAAAAGCAACUACUUGGACUUGUUUAAGGUCCUUAUAUCUACUCUGAAGACUUUGGUACUUUUCCAGUAUUUUAGAGAGACGUGACUCUAAAUUGGAACAAGAUAGUUCAGAAAAUACCACUUCAAAAUCAAAGUUUGAUUCUGAUUCUGACAACAUCUUGUCCUCUGGUUCUUUAGAGCCUUCUGGAUCAACUAUAGUUGCCAUCAAUGCAACGUUGGCUUGUUCCUCAUUAGAAUAUUCUUCUUUUAAAUUAAAGUCGUCCCAUAUAGCCAUCAACCCCUUCUUGCCUUUAGAAAAAUUCUUAUUAGGCGUUCUAUCCUUUUUUAGCAUAGGACACUCAUUCUUGUAGUAGCCUAGCUCCUUGCACUCAAAGCAGAUAACCUCUUUGCCAGAACCUUGCUUCUUCUGUCCAGACGAAGAAUUAGAACGACCAACAAUCCUCUUAGCUCUUGUGAACUUUCCUUGACCAUUAUGCCUAUGCCUCUAUACUCUGUUGACCGUCUUGGAAAUCAAACACAACUCAUCAUCAUAAACUUUUGAUUCUUCCUCAGCUUGAUAAGCUCUUAUCUUCUCAGGCUUAGACUUUAAAGCAACAAAUUUACCUAACUUAUGAGGUUCAUCUUCCUUGAGUUCUAUCUCGUGGCUUCUCAAAGAACUAACAAGUUCUUUAAGAUUAAUAUUGUUAAGAUCCUUUGCCAGAUUUAAAGCAGUUACCAUAAGUCUCCAUUUUUUUAGGGAGAUUUUUGAUUAUCUUCUUGACAUGGUCAUCCGUAGAGUAUCCUUUGUUUAGAACUUUCAGUCCUGCAACAAGCAUCUGAAAUCUUGAGAACAUAGUCUCAACGAUUUCAUCAUCUUCCAUUUUGAAUGCUUCAUACUUCUGGAUUAAGGCCAAAGCCUUUGUCUCAUUUACUUGAGCAUUCCCCUCAAGAGUCAUCCUCAGAGAGUCAAAUAAAGACUUAGCAGAAUCUUUGUUUGUCAUCUUAUCAUACUCAAUAUAAGAGAUAACAUUUAGCAAUAUAGUUCUAGCCUUGUGAUGAUUCUUGAAAUCCUUCUUUUGUUGAUAUGUCAUAACACUUCUUGCUAUAUUGUCUCCUUCAUCAUUAACUGGGUGAACGUAGCCAUCGACUACAAGAUCCUAGAUAUCAAUAUCAUUGUUAUCUUUCUAGUAGUCAAACUUCUCACCAUAAAGGAUUGGUGGUUUAACACUGUAGUGAUCUCUCUCAUUAUUGUUAGCAGCGACAACAUUGUUGUUAGCAGCGACCAUGGUUUCUCACACAAACUGGAUCGGUACUGAACAUAGUGAAGUGUUAAUAAAAACUUUAUCACAAUCAAAGCUAGACUCUGAUACCAAUUGAAGGUGUGAAAAACACAAUAAAAGGGGGGUUUGAAGGUGUGAAAAACAUAAAAGCUAUUUACUAACUCAAGAACACCACACAAAUACUAAGAAUAAAGAGAUAAAAACACAAGUAUUUUUAUCCUGGUUCACUUGAAACUCAAAGCUACUCCGGUCCACCCACCAAGGUGAUUUCAACUUAUACACAAGGACUUAAUCCACUAUAAUAAACUGAUUACAAAAAUCGCAAAUAAUAACCUCUUUGUCUUCUCAAGGAUCCGACUAUACCUAGUAUCAUUAAGGAAUCACAAAUAACAUGUUUGAAUAAAAGUUUUGUGUUUACAAGUUGCUUCUACAUAAGCAGAUUUUACACAAAUGGAAUACAAACACUUAAAGAAAAGUAUGAGCAAAGUUUAGAGCUUUUUCACGUAGAAAAAAAGUCUUAUGAAAUUAUUGCAGCAGUCUUUUCUUCAAGUAUCUAAGUCCUCUUUAUAUAACAUGAAAAAGGAACCGUUGGAGGGAAAAUAUGGGAUAAUCAAAAUGUAACUGUCCACUAAUGAAUUAGUGACAAGUGUGAAGAAUAGUAAUGUCCUUUCCCCAUGAUUUCAGGUAGUGGAAGGAUUAUUUUAUUUGUACCAUGUACUAUUUGAUCACGUAUCCAUUUUAAUCUUAUCUUCAAAUUCACUGGUUUCUGAUAAAUAGUUGAUGAAGCAUGAAACGAAGAAAUACACAACUGGAUUCAGAAACUUCAGAAUCUUCAGUCAGAACCUUGAUAGUGUCAGCAGUCUGGCUUGAGAUCUUCAGAUCUUCAGAAUCUUCAGACUCUCGAACCUUGUAACCUCAAAGCCUGGCUUGAGAUCUUCAAAAUCUUCAUCUAAGUAAUAAAACUCCAUAAGCUUACCAUUCUUCAUAAGCUUGAUGAUAAUAGUCAUAUCUAGAAGCAGAAGUGGAGAGAAUAUUGCAGCAAUAACAUAACGUCUUUCCAGAACUUCUUAGGAGUGAAUCAACAUAGAAGCAGAAAGAACAUUGCGACACUAACUUGACAUCUUUCAGAACUUCUCAUGAGUGAUUAGUGCAAAAGAGGAAUUCGGAACAAAUGUUCAAAAAUUGAUGACAACACACGUCAUAAACUCAUAAUCAAAACUGACUGUUAAAGCUACACAAUAACAAACCAUCAGGAUACCAAAAUCGUUCUCACACAAAUACAACAUUGUUAUCAUAAAAACUCAAGGUAUAAAUGCAUAACCAAAUCAUAUUUUAACACUUUCAAAUAUAAAGUACUACAGUUGAUUGGCAAGAAAUGCUUAACCAUCCAAGGAGGAAACUUGUUGGUGAAUGAAAACUCCAUACUCGAGUGAGUGCCAAGACUACAAGAAGCAUUUCCUGAAGCCGAUGAAUCAAAAGGGAGGAUCGUCCUCAAAGAUGAUGAUCCUUAGGCCAUAUUUGUCAUUUUCAUUCGCAUUUUGUUUGACUAUUAAAGUAUUGUUUGCUUUUAAGUUUGUUGUUCUUUAAAUGGUAAUAUUAAUGAAAUGAAUGUGAAUUUUUUUGAAUCAAUCCAUUUGUAUUCACUCUGCAAAUAUUCAUUAGUUCCUUUGUCAUAAAAAACGAAAAAAUAAUAUGUUUUCGAAUACAACUGUGUUGAUGAUGUAAGGCAUUGUUUCAAUUCCUAAAUACUGAAUAUUUAAUGAAGAUAAUCCCUCGUCAAUCCCUUUUGAGCCUAUAAGUUGGUGUUUCUUUAUAUAUGAAAAAUCCUUAAUAUGAACCAGGGGUGGGGUAGUUGUUUGGUUAAUUUGGCUAUGCAUUUAAAAAUUACAAGAAAAAAGCAUCCAUAUGAGGUUCAAUCGCAUCCUCUCUUCGCACAUAUAAAACAAUGUCAAAGAAGUAGUGAACAUUCAAAAGCGUACAUCAAUUGUUUCUAUUGAACCAUCAAAACAUGACAGACACAUCCCUUUCAUAAUAAAUCAAGUGAACAAAUGUCAUACAAGUUAUUCCCAGAAAUACAAAAAAGAAAGAAAAAAAAGUUUGCUAAGUCGAAAAUUUGAAAGAUGACUUAGGACAAAAUAGGGCAUCCUGCAAGACUGACAACUCAAAAGAAAUAGUCCAGGAAAAAAUUAGGGAUAAGAAGAAAAUCAAGAAGAAGGAUUGCCAAAAAUCCUUAACAAAAGAAAGGACAACAACAAACUUGUACGACUAUCAAACAAAAAGAAGGUGAUUUCGUUAAGCAAAAAACAUCAUUGGUUCCCGCACUAUAACAUCAUCACCUUUAACAUUUCUGUUAUAGCUUGAAUGUGUGUGUCAAAUUAGCUAAACAUAGGACUGGAGAUCAUCAUGGAGAAUGGGGUGGGUUUAAAUUGAAUUUUGAGCCUUAUAUCCCUUGUGUCGAAAACCGUGAACCAGGACACAUUAAAACCUUCAAAAGACCUAAUUGAACCAAGGGUUAUUAUAGUGGUACAAUUUUUGAGAUUAAGCUAUUGAUUAACUUAACUCAUAAAGCAAGAGUCGCCACCGCACUUUUAUUAUUUCCAAUGAAAAGGGAAAAAGAAAGAACAAAACCUAAAGAAGUUUUCAAACAAAAAUAAUAAAAAAAACAGAGAUAAGGGUUUGGGGUUGGUUAAGCAAAGGGAAAGUAUUAACACCCUAAACAUCUGUAGUACUCUAUAGGAACCUCUCUGAAAAUCUGUACAUUUUGGCUAAAAAGGGUGUUGUUUGCAAAAGAUUGGGGAGAUGAGAAGAGAAAUGUUUUUCAUAAUUUUGUGUUUGCCAAGAUUUCCCAAGUCUCAUGCCUAUGUACCAACAAAGUGCAACGGAGGAUCAAAACCUCGUAGUUCAUGGUAAAACAAUGAAGAUGUUUGUUUUGAUUCAUUUUUAAUAAAAAGACAUUUUGUCAUUUUUAAGAGAACACUCAACUAGCCACCUACAAGCAUAAGAACUUUGCAUCAUCAUGAGAAGGGCUGCAACUUGGAUAAAGAUCAACAAGUAUGCCACUAGUUCUCUUAAGUGGAAAAGAAUUACCAUCAAUGCUAUGGGGAUAGGAGAAUUAUAUCUCAACUAUGAAAAUGACUCAAGUCUAAACUUUGAGAAAAGUUUCAAAAGAAAAAGGGCACAAAGGGCACAAAAUAGUUUGAAUGAGUUAUGUCUUUUUUAAGUCUUUUGAAAUUGGUUUGAAUAUGCUUAAGAUGUAUUAGCAUUUUAUUAAGAAAAAGGUUUUGAAAAUCACUUGACAAAAGUCAAGGUUUAUUAAGAAAAUAGUUCAAGUUUGAAAACAAGAAGGUUUUAAAAAUGAGAGAAGAUUUUGAAAAAUAAAGAAGGGUAGGAGAAGAAGAGACUAUCCUAUAGCUUAAAGUAAAAUCUAAGGAGGAAAGAUCUAACAAAGAGAUAACGAGCUUUGUGACAUAAGUCUGUAGCGGUAAAUUCAUGACCGUCGAGCUAUGGAUAAACACGACGUCAAUAAAACCAGAGUCGCCACCGCGCUUUUAUUGUUUCCAAAGGAAAAGGAAAAAAGUAUGAACAAAACCCAAAAGAUAAGAAGCUUUCAAAUCAAAACUAAUAAAAUGCCAGAGAUCACAGGUAAAGGGGUUGGUUACACAGAGGGAAGAUAUUAACACCCAAAGUAUCCUAGGUACUCCUAGGGAGCCAUUUUUUGUGUGCAAGUGUUUUGGUUAAAAAUGAUGUUUGAUAAAAAAAGGAAUGAAAGGAUGAGAAAAGAAUUCAUUAAUUAUAUUUUUUGAGUUUGACAAGACCUUCGGUCUUAUGCCUACGUACCAACAUAAAAAUGAGGGAUCAAAACACCGUAGUUCGUGGUAAAAGACCUUUAAAUGAGGUUGUUAGUUCUUUUUGUCUUUUGAAAUUAAAGUCAAUAUGGUUAAGUUUAUUUUACAAGUUUGAUUAAGAUUUUUUUUUAUAAAUUCAAUGACAUAAGGCCAAAGUUUCUAAUUAUUAAAACAUGUCUAAGUUUGAAAUCACAAGCAAAGAAGGUUUUGAAAAGAGGGAGAUAUUUUGAAAUUAAAGAAGUGGGAGGAGAUGAAGGGACUACCCUAGGCAAAAAUUAAAAUUUAAGAGUUGAAAAGAUCUGACCAAUAGGAUGCAAUCCACAAGACAAGAAUGUCAUAUAGAAACCCAUUUCCUUUGGACUUUUGAGCAAGCAAUCAUCAUAAGCAAACAUCCAAGCAAAUCAUAUGAAGACCAAGGCAUCAAAUAAAGAUAGCCAUAAUAUCCAAGCAAUCACUCCAAUAGCUAGCAGUCUUCAAUGUCUUCCAAUGUAUCAGAUGAAAAUAUUCCUUGGCAAAAUCUUAGAAAUAAUCAUCAGAAAAUCAAGCACAGGGACAAGGUAAUAGAUGAACCAAAGGCACACAAGGUUUGCAUCAUAUGAAAAGCACAUGCAAGGAUAGCUCAGUCUCAAAUAGUGGCAUUGGCCAAGUCCUCAAAGCAUAUGGACAAUUGUCUAUCUUAAGGAAAUGGAAUAAUGGUUGUCGCAACCAUAUUCGGGUUUGGGAGUGGAUUACGCAAGAGGAAGGUAUUAGCACCCCUCACGUCCGUUGUACUCAACGGGAACCUUUUAGUUCAAUUUUGCGAUUUGAGUGUUAACUUAUGUUGUUUGUUAUCUUCGGGUUAUAAAUAUAUUGAGAAUAGAAAUGGAUGGUGUUGGUUCUAUGUGUUGGCAGCAAUUUUGGUAAAACCUAGAGUGUUCACAAGUUGUCACAAGUGUUGUCUUGACAUAAGAUAACUUGUACCUGCAGGAUGUUUAAAAUGUGAAUAUGCAGGAUUUUUACUGAGAUGUCAGACCCGAUGUCAUGACAUCUGUAUACAAAACAUUCAGUCUGAAUGGUAUGUAUUAUGUGAUUGCAUUUUGUAUGCUAAUCUAUAUAUGAUUGAUGAGAUGAUUGAACGCGCUCUCAAUCAGUAAUUACAACUAGAUUGACUUAUUUUCCAACGAGAUAUAAUCAACUGUCAUGAGAAGAUAUGAAUGGAAAAUAGUUUUAGGGUUUUAUGAUGUCCAAGCCCAGCCAAAUGCUUCUAUAUAAAGGACAUGGAAAACCUGGUUUUAUACACAAGAAAUAACGAACGAAUUAUUGAGAGAGAAUAAGGGUUUGAGUCUUGUGUGGUCGUGUGUAUUGUAAGCCAUUCAUUCAUCCAUAGAUGAUUGAAUUGGACUGAUUUUUGAGUUGUAAUUUGUCCACUCUAAGCUUUGAAGCAUGAGUGUGUGUUUAAUUGAUUGAAGCUUUUAAGCAAGAUCAAGUAUGUGUCAUUGAAGAGUGUCUUCUUUUCAUUGUAAUUCUUGUUUUAUAUCACUGCUGUGAUUGAGGGGGACUGAGUAGGAUCUCAUAUCUAAGAGUUCUUAGGUAGAAGUCAUACGGGUAGAGAUUAGGUGAAAAGACUGUAACUUGAAGUUGUUUAUUGAGAGUCUUUGAACUGAUUCUGUUUAGUGGAUUUCCUUCCUGGCUUGGUAGCCCCCAGACGUAGGUGAGUUUGCACCGAACAGGGUCAACAAUUGCUUGUGUCUCUUGCAUUACUGUUCUUUAUCUUUUAUCCUGUUUGUAUUGUUCAGAUAUUAGUGUCGUGACAUUACCUUCGACAUCUCAUAUUUGAUACCAUAAUUUCAAUUGGUAUCAGAGCAAGCAUCCUGCUCUGGUUCUGGGUGAGAUCUAGGGACGUUACUUUCUGGUACUAUAGAUAGAGACGGAGGAUCUGUUCACAGACCACCUAUUUUGGAUGGAUCCAACUAUGAUUACUGGAAACCUUGAAUGGUAGCCUUCCUAAAAUCUUUGGAUAAUAAAGCUUGGAAGGCUGUUUUAACAAGCUGGGAACAUCCAGUUAUUACUAAGGAAGGAGAAGCUACAACUGACAAGAAGGCUGAGGAACAAUGGACCAAGGAGGAGGAUGAUCUAGCUCUUGGGAACUCUAAAGCAUUGAAUGUUAUAUUCAACGGAGUAGAUAAGAACAUAUUAAGAUUGGUAAACAACUGUGAGGUGGCUAAAGAUGCGUGGAACAUUCUCAAAACCACUCAUGAAGGCACCUCUAGAGUGAAGAUGUCUAGACUGCAGCUGCUCACUACCAAGUUUGAAAAUUUAAGGAUGAAAGAAGAUGAAAAUAUUCAUGAAUUUCAUAUGAAUAUCCUUGAAAUUGCUAAUGCCUCAGGAGCCCUAGGUGAGAAGAUGUCAGAUGAAAAGCCAGUGAGGAAAAUACUCAGGUCACUUCCUAAGAGAUUUGCCAUGAAAGUGACAACUAUAGAAGAGUCUCAAGACAUUUCUAAUAUGAGAGUUGAUGAGCUAAUUGGAUCCCUCCAAACAUUUGAUAUGGGAAUGUGUGAUGGAUCUGAAAAGAAAUUCAAAAGCAUAGCCUUCAUGUCAAACAAUGAAGAGAAAGAGGAAGAAUGUGGUCAAGAUACUGAUGAAGAUCUGGAAAAUGAUGUAGCAUUACUGGGAAGACAAUUCAACAAACUUCUGAAUAAGAUGGAUGUAAGGUCUAAGUCUAAUGUCAAGAACAUCUCAUCUGACAUCAGUAAGUCCAAUAAUGCUGGAAGAAGAACAAGAUCUGAUGAAAAGUCCAAAGAAGGAAAAGGAGUUCAGUGCCAUGAAUGUGAUGGGUAUGGACACAUUAGAGCUGAAUGUGGAACCUACCUCAAGAAACAAAAGAAGAGUCUUACUGCUACUUGGUCUAAUGAAAGUGAAACAGAAGAGUCUGCAAAUCUUGUGACUGCAUUGACUGGAAGAUGGGGUUCUUAUGAAGACUCAAGUGAUGAUGAAGUAACCUUUGAUGAGUUAGCCACUACCUACAGAAAGUUGUGUCACAGAAGUGAAGAAGUGUGUCAACAAGUUGAAAGUCAGAAGAAAGUGAUAACACAACUGGAGAAUGAGAAGGUAGAACACUUGGAAACCAUCUCUAAGUUAAAGACUGAAGCAGUGUUCUUGAAUUCCAAGCUAGAUGAGAUGACAAAGUAUGUCAGAAUGCUAAACAAUGGAUCUGACACCUUAGACAAAAUUCUCCAUACUGGACAAAUGACAGGAGACAAGUCUGGCAUUAGGUUCAAUGAAUCCAAACCAGAGUGCAGUCACACUGGUAGCAAACCAAAAUCCAAACCUGAGUGCAGUCACACUGGUAGAAAACCAAAGAUGUCACAUCAUAUAUCACAACAUCAUAAAGGAAGACAACAGAAAGGGAAACAUCAAAGAUGGAGAUGUCAUUACUGUGGAAAAUUUGGCCACAUUAAACCAUUCUGCUAUAAGUUGUAUGACUAUCCUAGUCCUUCUCAUCAUCAACCUAGACCCAAACAUCACAUACCUGUCAACAGAAAACAAUGGGUUCCUAGGAAUAGUGUUAUAAACCUGAUAGCUAACACUUCCUUCAGAGUUUCAGCCAAAGAAGACUGGUAUUUUGACAGUGGGUGCUCCAGACACAUGACUGGAAACAAAAACCUGCUAACUGGCCUUCAUCCUCAUGCCACCAUCUAUGUAACCUUUGGUGAUGGAGCAAAGGGUGAAAUCAAGGGGAUUGGUAAGAUUAACUGCCCUGGAGUCCCUAACCUUGACAAUGUCCUACUUGUUAAGGGACUGACUGCAAACCUAAUAAGCAUCAGUCAACUAUGUGACCAAGGUCUAACUGUAAACUUCACAAAAACUGAAUGUCUGAUUACUAAUAAAUAAAAUGAAGUGAUCAUGAAAGGAGUCAGGUCUAAGGACAACUGUUACAUGUGGAGUUCUCAAGAAACUGGUUAUUCAUCAAUAUGUACUCUAGCCAAAGAAGAAGAAGUGAAGAUAUGGCAUCAAAGAUUGGGCCAUCUGCAUCUGAAAGGAAUGAAGAAGAUUAUAUCUAUUGAAGCUGUUAAAGGAAUUCCCAACUUGAAGAUUGAUGAAGGAAGAGUUUGUGGGGAGUGUCAGAUUAGAAAACAGACAAAGAUGUCACAUCAGAAGCUCAGACAUGACACCACUUCCAGAGUGCUGGAACUUCUCCAUAUGGACUUAAUGGGACCCAUGCAGGUGGAAAGUCUUGGUGGGAAGAAGUAUGCUUAUGUAGUGGUGGAUGACUUCUCCAGAUACACCUGGGUCAAUUUUAUAAGAGAAAAAUCUGAUGUAUUUAAGUCUUCCAAGAUCUUUGUCUAAGACUUCAAAGAGAAAGGGAAAGUCAGGUUAUCAAAAUCAGAAGUGAUCAUGGGAAGGAAUUUGAGAACAACAAAUUUGCUGGAUUCUGUGCAUCAGAAGGAAUUAGUCAUGAGUUCUCAUCUCCCAUUACUCCUCAGCAAAAUGGUGUGGUAGAAAGGAAAAAUAGAACUCUCCAAGAAUCAGCCAGAGCUAUGAUUCAUGCUAAGAAAUUGCCCUACCACUUCUGGGCUGAAGCUAUGAACACAACCUGCUAUGUUCACAACAGAGUAACCUUGAAGAAAGGGACUCCUACUACUUUAUAUGAAGUCUGGAAAGGAAGAAGACCUACAGUCAAAUACUUCCAUGUGUUUGGUAGUAAAUGUUAUAUCUUGACUGAUCGUGAACAAAGAAGGAAGAUGGAUCCCCAGAGUGAUGAAGGAAUAUUUCUGGGCUGCUCAACAAACAACAGAGCAUUUAGAGUCUUUAAUUCCAGAACAAAAGUAAUGAUGGAAUCUAUAAAUGUUGUGGUUGUUGAUCAGCAGACUGAUGUCACAGACGAUGUUGAGACAUCCCUAAAUGAUUCUCUAGUUGAUUUCCCAGAAAAAAGUAAUGAGAAUGAACUCACUCAAGCUGAACUUGAAGCUGACAAAAUUAAUAAGGGACCCUCUAUCAGAAUUCAGAAGGAUCAUCCUAAACAUCUCAUUAUAGGAGACCCAAAUAAAGGGGUCACAACUAGAUCAAGGGAAGUGAUCUCACAUGGCUGUUUUGUGUCCAAGAUUGAGCCCAGGAAUGUCAAGGAAGCCUUGACUGAUGAGUUCUGGAUCAAUGCCAUGCAAGAAGAGUUAGGCCAAUUCAAGAGAAAUGAAGUAUGGGAACUGGUUCCAAGACCUGAAGGAAUAAAUGUCAUAGGAAUAAAGUGGGUGUAUAAGAAUAAAUUUGAUGAACAAGGGGUGGUUACUAAAAAUAAAGCAAGAUUAGUAGCACAAGGAUACACUCAAUUUGAAGGAGUUGACUUUGAUGAAACAUUUGCCCCUGUAGCUCGCCUUGAGUCCAUUAGACUAUUGCUUGGGGUGGCAUGUAUUCUGAAGUUCAAACUGUUCCAAAUGGAUGUAAAAAGUGCCUUCUUGAAUGACUACUUAAAUGAGGAAGUAUAUGUUUAACAACCUAAAGGAUUCAUAGAUCCAAAUCUUCCAAAGCAUGUGUACAAGUUGAGGAAAGCCCUUUAUGGUUUGAAACAAGCUCCUAGGGCUUAGUAUGAUAGACUCACAGUGUUCCUCACUAACAAUGGAUACAGGAAGGGAGGUAUUGACAAGACCCUAUUUGUUAAAAAUGAAGGAGGAAAACUCACGGUGGCUCAAAUAUAUGUGGAUGAUAUUGUGUUUGGUGGGAUGUCAGAUCAGAUGGUCGAACAUUUUGUUAAACAAAUGCAGUCUGAAUUUGAAAUGAGCCUUGUUGGAGAGCUGACCUAUUUUCUUAGGCUACAAGUCAAGCAGAUGGAAGAUUCUAUCUUUCUAUCUCAAAGCAAAUAUGCCAAAAACAUUGUUAAGAAGUUUGGCAUGGAGAAUGCAAGUCAUAAAAGGACACUUGCUCUUACACAUCUGAAAGUCUCCAAAGAUGAAAAUGGUGUUAGUGUAGAUCAAAGUCUCUACAGAAGCAUGAUAGGAAGUCUGCUAUAUCUCACAGCAAGCAGACCUGGCAUUGCUUUUGUUGUAGGUGUUUGUGCUAGAUAUCAAGCUGAACCAAAAGUCAGUCACAUAAACCAAGUGAAAAGGAUACUGAAAUAUGUCAAUGGCACUAGUGACUAUGGGAUGUUGUAUACUGAUGGAUUUGGAUCUAUGCUGAUUGGAUACUGUGAUGCUGACUGGGCUGGAAGUGCUGAUGAUAGGAAAAGCACAUCAGGAGGAUGUUUCUUCUUGGGGAACAACUUAAUAUCAUGGUUUAGUAAUAAACAAAAUUAUGUGUCCCUGUCCACUGCUGAAGCUGAAUACAUAACAACUGGAAGUAGUUGUUCUCAACUGGUUUGGAUGAAACAGAUGCUAACUGAAUACAAUGUCACGCAAGAUGUCAUGACAUUGUACUGUGACAACCUAAGUGCUAUAAAUAUUUCUAAGAAUCCUAUUCAGCACAGCAGGACAAAACACAUUGAUAUUCGUCAUCAUUUUAUUAGGGAAUUCGUGGAAGAGAAAAUCAUAGCCCUGAAGCAUGUUACUACUAAAAUGCAAUUAGCUGACAUAUUUACAAAGGCUUUGGAUGCCAAUCAAUUUAAAUGUCUAAGAGGGAAAUUAGGGAUUUAUAUCUAUGAGAAUUUAUAGCAAUUAAUUUGGAGUGGAAAAGGGAAUAAAAAUAUUGUGUGCCCACUUAAAAGAAAGUGCCCCAUUUAUGGUAAAUCAUUACCUAGUAUUGGAACUUCCAUCUAUAGCAUUUUCACACGCAACCUAAGCUUAAACAUUUCCACCUUCCUCAAACUUCAUCGACCUUCUCUGCUAGGGCAACAUAAAUCCUUUCACAAGCUCAACAAGAUGUCACAACAUCCUUCACCUUCUAGUUCUAAAAACACCAAACCUACGCACAAAGCAAGAACACCCUCCAUGGAUUUUCUUAAUGAAGACAGUUUGGAAGUGAUUCCCCUAUCAGUCAUCCCAGGCGACGCUCCUGGUCCCUCCUCCACUGCAGGACAUACUCAAGAUAACAGUUUUGAUAACCCUACCUCUAAAGAUGACAUGCAUCAUACUGAUCGUGUCAUUAGAAAUCUUGUCACGAGGAUCCUAAAUGAAGGACACUCUGUAAAGGGAGUUUCUACUCCCCUAUCUAGAAGGGACCCUUCUCUUGAGGUUGGACCUCACAAUGAGAAAGAUGAUGAGUCAUCUAGGUCUGAGAAAGAUAUUGCUGCAGAAGGACUGUGUUCUUUAGGGCAAACCUUGCCUUGUAAGAAAUCUGUAGAUGCUUCUCAAUCUAACAAGCAUGACUCUGCUAAGAAGGUGAUCGACUUGGAAGAUGAGAGCUCAGAUGAUGAAGAUGAUAGCUUGCUUCAUCACUUGAAGCCAAGUGUUGCUUAGAGAAUGAAGACCAGAAAGGGUAGGUCGGUGGCUGAGAUGAUGACAGCCAAAACUGAUAAGAAGGCUACUAUCGUAGGCCCUUUAAAGUCUUGGAGUAAAGUGGAGGUAAAGAAGAGGAAAGUAAGAGAAAGUUUUGAUUCAGAGGAAGAUGUUGAAGACGAUGUCUGAUCGGUCACCAUUUCCAUUGAAUUCCCACCAUUAAUCCGACGUAUUUUCAUCACUUUGGUAAGAUUUGUGUUUGUUUAUAGUUGUUUCAGAGUCAUUUAUCAUGUUUUGUUAGUUUGGUAUCACAUUUCAUUUUAUUACAUGUUUAUGUCAAAAAGGUCUCUUUUACGCUUCGUUUUGGUAGUGUUAUUGUUACAGGCCGUUGCACAGGUUUAAAAGCACUAAUAGUGGAGUUGGGGAUACUCAGAAAGGCAAAAAUAUGAAAAUACAGCAGUUCAACACGGGCACCCGUGUGCCACAACACUGCCCGUGUUGUUGGUCAGGCAAAAAAACAGAGAGUUAACACGGGCACCCGUGUGUAGGAACACGGCCCGUAUUGAUGCCCCUGUAACUUAAUCUGAAAAUAAUCAUGUUGGAAAGCACACACGGGCACCCGUGUGUACAUGCACGGCCCGUGUUGAUGGGCGCGACUUAGAAACUUCAACUUUUGCCAUGUGAAUCUAUUCUGCUCAUUAAGGGUAGUUUGGACUUUUUGCUUUGGGAAAAUCCAUCUGAAACUAUUAGAAGGCUUGGGAGAGAAAGGAGAAGACACUUUUUGACGUACGAAAGAAAACACUGCAUUGAGAGGAGAGCUACUACGGAGGAUUCGAAGACGGCGAGAUUCAAGGGUUCCGAACAUUGAAGAUCAAAAUCUCCUAGUUCUUUGUAAUGUCUAAUUUUCAUACUAUGAUUUUGUUUAAUACUAUGAGAGGCUAAACCCCCUAUGUCAGGGGGGUGGUCCUGAUUUGAUCGUAUGUUAUGAAUUUGAACAAAUGAUUUCCUUAUUACUAUGUUACUUAUUUCAAUUUAAUUGUGUGAUGUUAUUAUGC